UAAUUUUCGGUUAAUGGUUUAGAAGCAACUGUUGGUAAGAGCCACCCGUCUGUCAAAUUUUGUUGUGUUGUGUGCGUGUACAAUGAUGGCUGCUACAUUAACCCCAGAACAAGAGGAAGCAACGAAAGAUUUCAUCGAAAAAGUCAACGCUAAAUAUCGUCGAAAAUUGGGCCCCGUGUCAUGGUCAACAGCCGUUCGGUUUCUCUACGCUCGAAAAUUCGACGUUCUUCGAGCUUUGGUCCUUUUCGAACAGCACGAAUUGACACGACAACGUGAAGGCCUAACGUGUUUCGAUCCGUUAAAGGAACCACUACAGUCUGAAUUACUUACAGGGAAAUUUACGAUUUUGCCGAAACGAGAUGCCUCCGAUGCUGCGAUAGCUGUGUUCACUGCUCAUAAACACUCCCCGGCUAGUACAACCCAUCAAGUCACUCUACAGGGUGUUGUUUAUCAACUUGAUGUGGCACUGCAAAAUCCCGUCACACAAAAAGCCGGAAUUGUGUUUAUUUACGACAUGUCCAAUUCGAAAUAUUCAAAUUUCGAUUAUGAUCUGUCGCAAAAGAUUCUCACUUUAUUGAAGGGCGGCUAUCCGGCCAAACUUAAAAAGGUGCUGAUCGUGACGGCCCCCUUGUGGUUCAAAGCCCCCUUCAAAAUCCUGCGUCUUUUCGUCCGUGAAAAACUCCGUGAGAGAGUUUACACCGUUUCAGUGGCCCAACUUUUAACCCAUAUACCACGAGAAUCUCUACCAACACAGUUGGGCGGCUCACUCAUCCUGGACCAUAAUGGUUGGCUAUCGUUGUGUUUGCAGUCAAUGACCACUCGAGAGGAAACCUCAUUGCCACAAUAUGAUGGCAAAACGCCAUCACCCCAAAAACGCAUUCGCACACCAACCGAAAUCGAAAUCUCGUCAUCGACCAAUAACAUAAACGACACCUGGGCCGAAGAAGGCAAUUUGAAUCCGCCAAGUAGCGCAUCGAGUGGUUUCUCUGACGAUGAUUCUUUGCAUGGAGAUGGGGCUGCACUUACAAUGCCCCAAUUGGUGGAUUAUGUGCGAGAUAGGGGGCGUUCGGGGCUCAUGCAGGAGUACGCAGAGAUUCGGUCAAGGCCCCCUGAUGGCACCUUCAACGUCGCCAAAAUGAAAAACAACUUGCCGAAAAAUCGAUACACGGAUGUGUUGUGUUACGAUCAUAGUCGAGUGAUUCUCUCCGAAAUCGAUUGUGAUAAAGACAGUGAUUAUAUACAUGCGAAUUUUGUCGAUGGGUAUAAGCAGAAAAACGCGUUUAUUAACACACAAGGUCCUUUACCGAAAACAACGCCCGAUUUUUGGCGAAUGAUUUGGGAACAACAUAGUUUAGUGAUAGUGAUGACGACUCGAGUGAUGGAACGAGGGCGUCCCAAGUGUCACCAGUACUGGGAGACUGAAGUUGGGAGUGAAGCGAGUUAUGGUCAAUUCACUGUUAAAACUGUAGCUGUUGAAACCGAUCCCGACUACACCGUCACAACUAUUAAUCUUAUUAAUAAUAAAACCGACGAAUCUAGGGAAGUUUCGCAUUGGCAGUUUACGUCAUGGCCCGAUUAUGGGGUUCCCCGUUCGGCUAAAGCCAUGCUCGAGUUUCUCGAACGUGUGCGCCGAAAACAGAACGCUAUGGUGGUAGCACUGGGUGAUACAUGGGCAGGGCAUCCCCGAGGACCGCCGAUUGUGGUCCAUUGUAGUGCAGGAAUUGGACGAACGGGGACUUUUUGUACCUUGGAUAUUUGUAUAUCCCGACUGGAGGAUUUAGGAACGGCAGAUAUUCGAGGAACUGUCGAACGAAUCCGAUCACAACGUGCAUAUUCCAUCCAAAUGCCUGAUCAGUACAUUUUUUGUCAUCUCGCUUUGAUCGAAUACGCCCUAAUGAAGGGACACUUACAGUCGGCUGAUUUGGCCGGAUUCGAUCCAGGCGCUGACGACGAUUCGGACUAAUUUUAAUUCUGCUUCAAACUUUUUGUCUUGUGAACGACAAAUUGUGAUUCUUUUCUAAAUUUACAUAUCGUUUUCUCAAAUAAAACCGAUCUUGUAAUAUGACAGCGAAAGAUGGCGUUGCUAAUGUGACAGGUCACUUUGAUUGCGAUGGAAUAUUACAAGUUUAUUUUUAUAAUCCUAAUUCAAUGUUGGAUGUACCUACAUUUUUAAGCUUCCUUGAAUAUUUGAAACUAGGCUAAUGAAAUCAAGAACGAUCUUGUUCUUUACAUAUAAAGACUGUCCAAUAAAAUGUAAAAUUAUUUAUUUUGCAAAGCUUUAGGAACGCCCCGAUUUGUGUUUUACCAAAAACAACUUCCAUUCAAGAGGUUCAAGCCAAAACGUUAGUGUUUAACAAUUUUUUUUGUACUAAGUAUUAUUGUGACAUAGUUGAAUUGUAUUGUAAAUAUUGUAUUCUGAUUUCUUAAUACAACAAAAAAUGCUUUUUA